AUGAAGCUGUGGUAUACCGUAAUUGGAGUUGUAGUACUUGCAGGGGCGGGAUUGGCUGAGGAGUCCAGGCAUGCUGGUUUGGGAAGUGAAAAUGGGAUGAUGUCGGGCACUGUCCAUGGAUCAGCAAAUUUCUGCAAGAUGGACAAGGACGAGUUGAUUGGUUCUACAUGCGAUACGACGUUGCGGGAAAUCAAUGAGAUCAAUUCUAGGAUCAGGCCAGAUUUGGAAAGGCUGAUUCGCACAGAUUUUUUCAAGUAUUUCAAGCUUGAUUUGUACAAAGAAUGUCCGUUCUGGGAUGAUAAUGGUGGGUAUUGUGUUAAUAGAGCGUGCGCGGUAGAUGUAGUUGAAGACUGGGAUAGGCUACCUGAUAUUUGGCAGCCAGAGGCACUUGGCGGUUUAGAUGAAAAGACAGUAAAGCCUGAGGAUGUAGAAGAUGACGAGUGUGCAUUUAUGGAUGAACUGUGUUCGAGAGAAAUAUCGUCGAAGUUAAUUGGCGACAUAGAUUAUUGUGAUGUGGACGACUUCACUAAGGAGGGCUCUGUCCUUGUGGACUUGACGGCUAAUCCUGAGAGAUUCACGGGGUACGGGGGUGAACAAUCUUCUCAAAUAUGGUCGGCUAUAUAUAAGGAGAAUUGCUUCACAUUGGGAGAAAGAGGCCUUUGUUUGGCCAAGGACGUAUUUUAUAGAUUAGUCUCUGGUUUACAUGCCUCGAUUGCUGCACAUCUGUCGAAUGAUUAUAUGAACACUGUGACUGGGAAAUGGGGUCCUAAUUUGGAGCUAUUUAUGACGAGAGUCGGUAACUUUCCAGAACGUGUAUCGAACAUUUACUUUAACUUUGCUGUGGUUGCCAAGGCAUUGUGGAAGAUACAGCCAUACCUUGAACACAUAGAUUCCUGUACUGCGUACGAUAACGGUGUGAAAUCCAUGAUCAAUAAUGUGGUAUCCCAGCUGCACAGCAGCAUUUUCAACGAGGACCUACUAUUCCAAGAUGAUUUUAGUUCCAUAAUGAAGGACGAUUUUAGAACACGCUUCAAGAAUGUAACGAAGAUCAUGGACUGCGUUCAUUGCGACAGAUGUAGGAUGUGGGGGAAGGUGCAGACCACAGGUUAUGCCACUAGUUUGAAAAUACUGUUUGAGAUUGAUUCAAAUGAUGAAGAAAGGAAGCAGCAUGUCGUAGAUAAAUUGACGAAAUACGAGGUAAUUGCGUUGUUUAAUACAUUUGAUAGAAUCUCAAAAUCUGUGGCUUUCAUUGCUAACUUUGAAAAAAUGUACAACGAAAGGUUACACACCGGAAAUAACGAGUCAGUCCCUUUAUUCCAAACUGAUAAUUUCUUUGAACUAUUAGAUUCACAACGAAACCUAUUGGUGCCCCCUGAAAUUUCUUUACAGGAUACCAACGCACCACCACCGUCUGCACAGUCAUUGUCGGAUGAUGAGGAACUGAAUAAAUUCGUAGACAUAAAACUCCCACCUAAGUCGGUCAAAAAUAGAAACGGGGCACACAAAGCCAAAGGAAAAUGGAGAACUGCAUGGGAAGUCGAGAUUGGCAACAUUAAAGAGGCAUUGAGAUUUAUUUGGAAGAGUUAUGUAAACUUUCCAAGGAACAUAUGCAAGAUAAUCCUCGUGAACAUGAACAGGUGGUUUAACAAGUUCAUCGGUGUUACCAAUUACUUGGAUGAGACUGAGCACACUUAUAUAUACUUCUAG